UUAAAGCACACUUUUGCACAUUCUCUUCAUUACUUUGCUGACAAUUUUCUACUGGCAUUUAUUGCAGCGUAGUUAUUUAGCAUUUGAAAAUGGGAUCAAACUUUUCUUGUGUUAAAUGUGUAGAUGUGUCUGACAGUGUGGACAAUUUACACAAAAAAGAGAAAGGCAAGAGGAAGGCAAAAACCAAUAAGACCAGCUCAAGUCAAGAUCAGACUUCUCAGCAUGUCACCAGUACCAGUGAGGCUGAAGUCCUCAGCGUUGCAGAGGAACCUGGUCAUGCUGAAGUCGAUGACGAGUGGAGUGACGACGCCUUCCAGGACUUAGUCGGAGAUUCGUCGGAAUGGGGUGCCAACGUCCUCAACUCUUUGAGCUGUGUCUUGAGUGUUGACGUCCUCCAAGCUACAGUCUGUGCCACAUCUGACUAUAGAGUUCCAGUCCGAGAUGUGGCCUACUAUAGAGCCAAUGUCCCUCGAGUUCCAGUCCGAGAUGUGGCCUACUAUAGAGCCAACGUCCCUCGAGUUCCAGUCCAAGAUGUGGCAGACUGCAGUGUGGACGUCCCCCAAGUCCCAGUCAGCACCACAUCAGCUCCAGGCUGGGAUAUGGCUGACUGUUGUGUUGAUGUCCCUCGAGUUCCAGUCCGAGAUGUGGCAGACUGCAGUGUGGACGUCCCCCAAGUCCCAGUCAGCACCACAUCAGCUCCAGGCUUGGAUAUGGCUGACUGUUGUGUUGAUGCCCCUCCAGUUACAGUCUGUGCCACAUCAGACUGUAGUGUUAACGUCCCCCAUCUCAGACCGACAGGGGACACUGUAUCAUCUCAGUUGAAGCAACUGGAGGAUAAUGAGAUUAUUAGUAAGUUGACUGUCAUGACUCCGACAUAACACAAUACAGACAAACUUGUGUUGUGAUAUUAUAUCUGUCUUUACUCAUGUCAACUCAGGCACAAAGCAGUUUUCAUGUCAACUCUUCUUAUUUUUCUUUUAACAGAUGUCGGUUUCUGCAGCUAUGAAAUCGGCAGGAUGCUCAGUGAAGGAGGCUUUGGAAGCGUUUAUGCUGGGAUUCGCUUAAAAGAUGGCCUUGAGGUGGCGCUGAAAUUCGCUGAUAACGUGGGUAUAGAUUGGAUCGACAUUGAGGGUUAUCCUGAACCCGUUCCACAGGAGAUUGGUCUGCUAAUUCUCGCCAACAAAGGCCACAGGGUUCCCCAGAUCAUUCAGCUUCUGGACUGGGACAAAGAGCCAGAACGAUACAUUAUGGUUCUAGAGUGGCCUACACCCUGUGAGAACUUGAUCGAAUUUCUAGACCGCCACAACGGCAUCAUCGAAGAGGACAUGGCAAAUGUUAUUAUGCUUCAGGCAACACUCGCAGCUCAAACAUGCUGCCAACGUGGAGUGUUGCACCGCGACAUAAAGCUGGAAAACCUGCUGAUCAACCCGCACACCCUGGAUGUCAAAUUGAUUGACUUUGGGUGCGGCGAAAUCCUGACCAAUGCGGGAUACACGUCCUUUGCUGGCACAAAAUCGUACUGCCCCCCUGAGUAUGAUUUAAACGGCGAGUAUUACGGGGAACCAGCGACAGUUUGGUCACUCGGGAUACUCUUGUUUGCACUGCUGUAUGUGAAAUAUCCAGAGUCAGAAGACUUGAACGACCUCAAUGAUAACAUCUGGGCCAAAGAUGGCUUGUCGCAAGGUGAGAUCUUCAUUUCAGCAAAGGACACUUGUAAUUAUUAA